AUGGCGAAUAAUAAUAACGACGACGAUUUGUUGGUUAUGAUGAAGAAGAAGACACAGCCGUCGCCGUCGCCGCUGAGCCCGGCAGUUUCAUCGACUUGGGGAAUGAGAUUGAGAGCGAUGUUUUGUUGUGGUGGUUGGGGUUAUGAUGAUGAUGAGGAUGAUGAUUAUGAUUCUUCACGGAGGUCGAUUGAGAUUAGCGCACCGAGAAAUUUUCGAAGAGAAGAUGUUCAGAUUGCGGGAUUGACUGAUGAACAACACCACGAAAUUCGCGAAAAAUCCCACCGAGAUGCCCAGCGCAUGUAUCACCAACUCCGACCUCUCCAAUCCUCCCCAUCCGGCACUUUCACCGAACGACCCAUGCCCACCCUGGAACAAUUCACUCAACCUCGCGCUGCACCCAUUCCAGGUUCUUCUCCCGCGUUUCUCAGCCUUCCCGACUUUGGAGGCACCUAUCCCACCAGUCCCGCUCCUCUUCCCAAUCUUCCUCCCCCUUCAGCCCAACGCAACGCAAAUCGCGUCUCAGGCUUCUACGGAAGCGAUAAUCUCCACAAUGUCAUUCUCCCCCACGCCAGAACGGGAGGAGGAAAUACUCUGGAUCGAGUCAAAGCGCAUUCGAGAAAACUCUCGGAUACCUUUCGGAAAACAACUCAGCUGCCUUCGCCUGCGGAUUCGGUGGUUUGUGGACAGACGACGACGAGUACGAAUACGACGACGAUGAUGAUGAUGACGGAUGAGGAGGUGGAGAUGAGAUGUCUUGUUUCUUAUGCUGAUGAGAAUGAGAAUGAGAAGAAGAUGUUUGAUGAGGAGGAGGAGGAGGAGGAGGAGGAGGAGGAGGAGGAGGGGCGGAAGAAGAAGAAGAUGAUGCAGAGGAGUAUACGAGACGCGAAGAAUUCGGGCGAUUCUUUUCAGUCGACUUAG